AUGGUCGAGGCCUGGGCGCGUCGGCUAGUCUGCGUCACGGAUGAAGUUCCAGAAGAUUACGAUUCCGGCCCCGGUGAAGAUGAAGACCUGCAGCCUGAAAGACCAAAACUUCAGUCUCUUAAGGUGACUGAAGAUGUCGAACCAGGCAGCAUGACAGAGGCAGUCCCGGAGCUGCCUGUAGAGACUGACCAAGAGCCACAACCAGAGACGGAAGAAGAGGGCUUCAAAGAGGAGACACCGGCAAGUGCUAAGAAUAUACACCUACGCCUGAAACCCACCUGGACGUCCGAGGAAGAGGCUCCCCACAAGUCCAAGACAGACCUUUCUAGCGAGAUUGAGCUAGGGAUUCCCAAAAAGGUAAAGUCGGAGACAUCCAGACAGAUAGAAGUAGAGCUUUUCAAGGAUUUGGAGGUCCCUGUGGACGAAAAGCGUGGGGAGCCAGAGGAGGAAGCCAAACCAGAUGUCGCAGAGGAUAUACUACGAAAGGAAACUGAGGUUCCAGGGGCCACAAUCAGUGAGACAAGAUUAGAGUUACUAGAGGGGACCAAACCAGCAGUUUGGGAGGAGUCACUUAGAGAGCAAUAUGGAAGGACAGGUCUGGAACCUACAGAGCAGACCAAACCGGAAUUUCCAAGUGAGAAACCAAGAAAAUCAAUUGAAGAGGCAGAUCUGCAGCCACCAAAGAUGACCACACCAGAGAUUCCAGAGGAGACACAAAGUAAGUCACCUGAGGAGAAAAGGACAGAGCCACCUGGGCAGGCCAAACCAGAGUUUCCAGAAGAGGAACCAAGUAUGUCUACUGAGGAAACACAAAGAAAGUCAACUGAAGAGAAAAUUCCAGAGCCACUAGAAGAGAUCAAAUCAGAGUUUUCUGAGGAAAAAUCAAGAAAACCAAUUGAGGAGACAGUUCUAGAGCCAUCAGGAAAGACCAAACCAGAAGUUCAAGAGGAGACACAAAGAAAGUCAACUGCAGAGAAAGUUCUAGAGCCACCAGAGGACACCAAACCCCCAGAUCAAAAAGAUAAGCAGAAAAAAUCAACUGAGGAGACAGGUCUAGCACCAUCACAGAAGUCCAGAUCAGAAGAGACACUAAGAGAGUCGACUGAGGAGAAAGUUCCAGAGCCACCAGAACAGACUAAACCAGAGUUUCCAAAGAAAGAACCGAGAAAGUCAACUGAAGAAACAGGUCAGGUACCACCACAGAAGAUCAUACCAGAGGUGCAAGAGAAGACACAAACAGAGCCAACUAAGACGAUAGAUUCAGAGUUACCAUAUAAAGCCAAACCACUACUUAGAAGAGAGACACGUGUAGAAUUUGCCAAGGAAGAUAGGCCAGAACCAAUCAGACUUACGCAUUCUGUAGACAGGGAUGAGCCAGAGUACUCUGACUAUCAAACAAGAAAGUUGUUAGUAAAAGAAACUAAAGAUGUUUCAAAAGACUCUGUGUUAGAGUCUCUUCCAAUAAGUGAAGUAGACUCAGUGAAUACAGAUUAUGAGUUUUCUAAAGAACUCCAAAAUCUGUUUCAGCCUUCUGAUACCAAUUAUGAAUUCUACUCAUAUUUCUCUGAGUCUCAGAGGAAUUUAAAAGAGUCCUCUAAUGAAAAGAAAGAUCUGUCCCCAGUGUCAAUGACACUGGUACAUAAAGAUAAAGAAACCCAGCCAAAAAAAAGUACUGACCUACAAUUUGAGUAUCUUGAAUGGAGCCCAGAGAAAGUUGCAGAGUGGAUUUGCCAGCUAGGCUUCCCUCAAUACAAGGAGUGUUUUACCACAAACUUCAUCAGUGGCCGAAAACUCAUCCACAUAAACUGCUCAAACCUCCCUCAGAUGGGUAUAACAGAUUUCGAGGACAUGAAGCUAAUUUCUCAGCAUACCCGGGAGCUGCUGGGAAUUGAAGAGCCAUUAUUCACACGCUCCAUCAGCCUUCCCUACAGGGACAAUAUCGGUUUAUUUUUAGAGCAAAAAUGUCAUAGUGGAGUUAAAUCUGAUUCCUUGACCUUGUCUGAAUUUGUGCAAGCAGUGGGAUUACAGGAUUAUGCUCCAGAAAUAACCACCCCUGAAGAGGAUGCAGCAUCAUAUUCCAUUGAACCAUAGGGCAAGCCGUUUCACUUAGCUUGAAAAUCAAAUUAAAUUAUGUGGGGGAAGAAGUGUGGUAUUUCUGCAUUUUCUUUUUCUCUUCAUUCAGGAUCAGAGUUAGAACUGCUGGCUCCAUUCCUAGUUCUGCCACUGACUCACAGCACCUUCUCUUUAUUUGUGUGUCAAUUUAGUUCCUUGUUAAAACAAAGAUAGCAAUAUUUCUCUUUCUGGGUAAUUGUAAGAAUUCCUGAUAAAGUCUAGUACUUCAUCUGGUAGUAGAAACAUGUUGGAGAAACAGACUAAAAGUAAAAUCACCUGCCAACCCAGAUAAUCCUCUUCAUAAGUGCAGACAGGAAACAGUUUUAUUAUUGAAUCAGCAUAAAAUCAGACUGUGAUGCACAUUACAGGCAGGCCACUAAAGAGAUUGCCAAGACAAGGAAAUCUCACCCUUCUAUAUAGCCAGGCAGAUAUAAUCCAUUAUUUACAUGUUAACUGUCUGUAUCCAAAGGAAAAAUAAAAGUUCUCAAAUCUUUGUGACAAACAGAAAGUUACUACCUGGAGCCAGGCACUUAGGCUAAACCCCCAGAGUCAGGGAGACAAAGUGCCAUUCUUCUAAAUGCUCACAUUUCAAAGAGGUGGCUCCAAGGGCCCCCUCCCCCAAAAGACAGUCCUGGGAUGUAAAACUGGCAGAAGGUUUAUUCACCUUUUUAGAAGAUUAGCAUACGUCUCG